AUGUUCUCCGAGCAGCAAAGCUUGCAACUCAAAGACAUUCAUAAGCUGGGGACUGCCUCUGUUUACCGGAUGAGAGAGCUUCAGAUAAUGAACCAUGAAAGCCUGCUAUGCAACGGAGGCUGGGAUGCAGAUGGAAGAGGCCCUUGUGUCUGGGAUACAUUCACCCAUCAGGGAGGAGAGCAAGUUUUUGAGAACCAGACUGGGGAUGUAGCUUGUGGCAGCUACACUCUGUGGGAAGAAGAUUUGAAAUGUAUCAAACAGCUUGGAUUGACUCAUUACCGCUUCUCUCUUUCCUGGUCACGUCUGUUACCUGAUGGGACGACAGGUUUCAUCAACCAGAAAGGCAUAGACUAUUACAACAAGAUCAUAGAUGACUUGCUAAGGAAUGGGGUGACACCCAUAGUGGCCAUCUAUCACUUUGAUUUGCCUCAGGCUCUAGAAGAUCAAGGAGGUUGGUUGUCUGAAGCAAUUGUUGAAGCCUUCGACAAAUAUGCUCAGUUUUGCUUCAGGACCUUUGGAGACCGAGUGAAGUGGUGGCUCACCAUAAAUGAGCCUAAUACUCUUGCUAUUUUGGCCUAUGACAUGGGUAUUUUUGCUCCUGGUGUGCCUCACUUUGGGACUGGAGGUUAUCAAGCUGCUCAUAAUUUGAUUAAGGCUCAUGCCAGAUCCUGGCAUAGCUAUGAUUCUUUAUUCCGAAAAGAGCAGAAAGGUUUUGUGUCUCUAUCAUUAUUUUUUUGCUGGUUAGAACCAGCAGAUCCCAACUCAGUGCUUGACCAGGAAGCUACUAAGAGGGCCAUCAAUUUUCAGUUGGAUUUCUUUGCUAAACCCAUAUUUAUUGAUGGUGAUUAUCCUGAACUUGUCAAGGUCCAGAUUGCCACCAUGAGUAAAAAACAAGGCUAUCCAUCAUCAAGGCUUCCAGAAUUCACAGAAGAAGAGAAGAAAAUGGUCAAAGGCACUGCUGAUUUCUUUGCUGUUCAAUAUUACACAACUCGCUUGGUCAGGCACCAGGAGAAUAAGAAGGGAGAACUCAGCUUCCUUCAGGAUGUGGAGAUUGAAUUCUUUCCCAAUCCAUCCUGGGAAAAUGUGGGCUGGAUCUAUGUGGUGCCAUGGGGAAUACGUAAGCUACUGAAAUAUAUUAAGGAUACAUAUAAUAACCCUGUAAUUUACAUCACCGAGAAUGGGUUUCCCCAGUGUGACCCCCCAUCUCUUGAUGACACUCAGCGUUGGGAGUAUUUCAGACAGACAUUUCAGGAACUAUUCAAAGCUAUCCAUAUUGAUGAAGUCAACCUUCAAGGAUACUGUGCGUGGUCACUUCUGGAUAACUUUGAGUGGAACAAUGGAUAUAGCAGACGGUUUGGCCUCUUCCAUGUUGAUUUUGAAGAUCCUGCUAGACCCCGAAUCCCAUACAAGUCAGCCAAGGAAUAUGCCAAGGUCAUCAGAAACAAUGGCCUGGAAGGCCCUCUGCAAGAAGGUACUGAAGAUGAUAGUGCUGGUGGUGAUGCUGAUGGUAGUGCUGACAAUGAUGAUGAUGGUGAUGAUGGUGGUGGUGAUGAUGGUAGUGGCAGUGUCAAUUGUGGUCAGUCAUUUUUGCAGGGAGAAUCUUCCAGUGUCAUGAUACUUUUGUAG